GAUAUUUUACAGUUUAAAGAGUUUCUCUUCCACACACAAUUUCUUUGUCUUAAGAGUCCUGUGAAAUAGGCAGAGAUUGUUGUCCCUAUAGCAGUUUGUCCAAGGACACACAGAACACAGUAAAAAUAACCAGAAAUAAUUAGAUGGAGCACAGAAUAAAAGCGGCAGUUCUUAUCAACGACAGCAACAACUGCCACCACCACGGGAUUCCAGAGGGCAAAGAGGCCAAACUGAGAACAUGGACCUGAACAUCGUCCCACUCCAUGCCUGGGACGACUUCUUCCCGGCCCCCGACGGCUUUGCCUGGCCAGACUUCAGGGACACGUCCAGAUGGAACCACCGCGUGGCGAGCAACCUGCUGUAUUACCAGACCAACUACCUGGCGGGGGCUGCCAUGCUGAUUUCCCUCGUGGGCUUUCUGAGCCCCUUGGACAUGCUCCUCGGAGGCACCGCGGUGGCGCUGGCAUGCACAGGGCUCCUGUGGGCCGCCCGCAAUGAACACGUCCUCCGCCAGAUGCAGAGGCGACACCCCACGGAGUUGGUCGUGGUGCUCAUGUUGGCCAGCUGUUUCCUUAUAUCCGUGUUUGGGGCGGUCCUGGUCUUUGUUUUUGGCAUCACUUUCCCUUUAAUGUUGAUGUUUAUCCACGCAUCGUUGAGGCUCCGAAACCUCAGGAACAAGCUGGAGAACAAAAUGCAAGGACUAAGAUUGAAGAGGACACCAAUGGGCAUUGUCCUGGAUGCCCUACAACAGCAGAAAGAAAACAUCAGCAAACUCACUGACUAUAUCAGCAAAGAGAAGGAAUAAACCUAGCUUACCUGGCGAUAGGGUUGCAGCAGAAAUUGAGUUGCAGUUUGCCCAUGUCCAGGCCUACUUUCUGCUUGUGUUUUUUUAAAUAGGAGGUGCAUGAACCACCCAACUAUACAUGGCAGCAUGUAUGUAUAGGCCAAACUAUUAACAUCUAAUGUUACAGAGAGAAGGUUUCAGAAACCAAAAGAAAACCACUCUCCUAUUGUGUCUGAAGUUUCAAGUGUGUUUAUGAGAUCUAAGGGGAAAUGGAUCACACUUAUUUCUUUAGGGGAAUAAAAUAAAAUAAAAGAAUUAUGGGUUCUAUAGCAAUAAUACUGUUAUCUUGUAGGAAAAAAAA